GAUGGUUUCUAGAUUAACUGUCAUUCAUUAUCGCCUUACCGAUAAAGACUUUAAUAUCAACUGCGAUCAGGAAUUCAUAUCAACACAAAUCGUCGGGGUAUGUACCUUACACUCACUAGGCGGUUGAUCAAAGCGUUUCGGGAAAAGAAGCUGACGGGACACAAACAAGACUAUGGUUUUUUGAUGGAAUAUACCCCUGUGAGGUCGUCGCCGUGGUAAGAACAGUCCAGAUUGAUGUGCGUCGAAGUCCAAAGUGUUCUGUUUCUCCAAUUAGAUGAUUCGCAAAGUCAACACUUAACUACAACAGUCGAGCGAGUGAAUAUAUUGAAAUUCGAAGAGAAAAGAGGCUAACAGUCAACUUGAGCGGUUAAAGAAAGCUCGUGUGCAGCUGGUAAACAUCUUCUGCUGUUUGUAAAUUUUGACGCAUUCCGCGUCGCCGGAUCACAGAGGUAGUGCGGGAAAACGUGUGAAUACCGUCGAUCGUGAACCACGCUUCGUGAGAAAACCUACAUUCUCCCGGAACUUGCUCGACAAAGAUCACUUGUUUAAAGAGAAAUAAGCAAUUUUCCAUACCUUGGACAAUUUCGCUAGCACUCUAUUUCAGAUACGAGGAAAUCCUGCAGGCUGUUCUAAAUCGUUCAAUCUAAAAACCUGAAAUAUCUACAUAUAUACUGGCCAGAGUUUAUCGAGAUAUUACAACGCAGGAUUCAGGAUAUAUUUAACAGUUUAGCUCGACAGUCGGCGUUGGUUUUCGUCUCUGGAAAAGCAAGUUUUGUGUUGAUAUUCGAGAUAUUUGCAACGCUCAAAACCUGAGAAACACCGCUUUAACGUUUCCAAAGUCAAAACCGAUUUGCCAGGGAAGAUUUGAACACCGAAAUAAUGUCGAAUAAUACAACAGCAACAGAAGCGGGUCUUCCAGAGCCUGAGGGACUUCGUGUUAUAAGAAUCAUAUUGUCUGUCGUGAUCAUGUUUUUGGGUAUUUCUGGAAACGGGCUGGUUUGCGUCCUUGUUUAUCAAAAUAGAAAAAUGCGAACGGCUAUGAACUAUUUCCUUGUGAACCUCGCGAUAUGCGAUGGUAUCAUUUGCCUGUUUAACAUUCCUACAACGCUCGUCUACAACGAGUACACGAAAACAUGGCCUUUUGGUCUCGCUUUUUGUAAAAUACUGCCAGCAAUGCAACAGAUGGUACUAGCUGCGGCUCCCCUAUCCUUGGUCGCCGUGUCGUGGGAACGUUUCAAAUGGAUCGUUCUAACGUUCAACGAGAAAAUGUCCUUAACCCAGGCGAAAUUAAUCAUCUUGAUCAUUUGGUUGUUGGGAAUAUUGAACAGCUUACCGAUUUUGGGCGCCAUGAAAAUGAAAGAUCAAAACCUGUUCAACUGCGUUGAAGUUUUUCCAAAACAUUUGUAUCGACAGAUGUACACCGUGCUCAAUUUCACGUUGUUCUACCUGAUUCCUGUGUUGUUUAUCACACCGCUCUACAUUCAGAUGGUAUGGAAACUUAGACAGAGAACAGAAACUACAGGACAGCUUUCCGAUUCAGACGUGAAGAGGAGAAAAGCUGCCUUGAAAAUGCUUCUUAUUGUUGUCGUGACCUAUGCCGUUUGUGUUUUACCAAAUCAUAUCAUAUUUUUAUUAUGGGAUUUUCAUCAUGUUCCGCUCGAACCGAAGAGUAUCAUGGCGUUGAAUUAUAUGACUUUAUUACUGUGGGCAAAUUCGAUGAUCAAUCCUAUUAUCUAUUGCGCUCAGAGCAGCGACUACGCCCGAGGAUUCAUUAAUAUACUGUGCUGCGGCCCGGUCAGGAAAAGGAUGAUAUCUCAUGUGCGAAGAGCCCGCGGUCAGUCCUUCGUGUCAACGGCCGAACACACGAAACGAUACGAACUUGUGCGAGCUGGGCAAAGCAGCAGCAACAGUAGUUAGGAGGGAUUGAAGAUGAAAUAUCCAAUGAUGUCCCUGAAAUGCGGCGGUAACCAUUGAUGCCUCUAACAUUGGACAUACGAGCCAGCAAUGCUUGGAAUGCUGGGACAGCGGUGUAAUGUAGAAGAAAACGCAAAAUGUAGUUUGAUAGUUGACACGUGAAAGUUUUUCUAGAAAAGAUAUGGCGCCUGAUGAUAUUGGAAGUUUGGAACUUUUGUGCUGAACCAUUUAGGCUUGUUAUUCAAGUCUGCAAAUGUAAGCCUUUGGCAAAUGUAGCUUUUGCCUUUUUUAGUUUGUCUUUCAGUGACAGACAAGAAUGGAUAUAAAUUUAGGUUUGAAGAUCUUUUCACGUGUGAAAUCAAAUUCUUAUUUCUCCGAAAACGGAACGCGACAUUAGUAAAGACGUCGAAAAAAUUAAAAAGUGUUCAUGUAAUAUACGAUAAAUAAACAUAUUUAUAUAGUUAUAUAAUUGAGACCACUUAUAGGCUGGUUUUGCUGAACUUCCAAUGCAAUACAAGCGUAAAGCUUGUUUAAAUUUUCAGACUUUCAAUUUCAGAAAUCAGAAUUUCCAAUUUGAAUAUAUUUGAAUGAAAAAUAUUGCCAGCAAUGGUUAAUAAAAUGCUCAGUCUCGGAAAUGCGUUGCGAGUUUCAGCAAGUCUAUUGUAGGAUACUAAACAAAAGACAGUUUCAUUUCGCUGCCAUAUUAUUGUUGCUAGCCAAAAGUACUGAGAGUAAUGGGCCAGUUUAUGAAACUAAUUUAUUCUCAAUACUUUAUGUAUACUUGUAUAUUAUAGGUUAUAAAUUUUUAACUAAUCUUAUUUUAGUGUAUUAUUUUAGGUGUAUAA